CUUAGACUCAGACUUAUACAUUGUAAUAAUACGUUGACCUUUAUAAGACUUGAUCCGGAUGCGUCCCACGUCUGCUUUGUGGACAAGAAUUUUCUUUACAGAAUAAAAGCAAAUAUUGAAAGCAAAUGUUGAAAGCAAAUGUCGAAAACAAUUAUAGAAAACAACUAUCUAAAACAAUUACAAUAUAGCCAAGAUGGCCGAACCCAGUUCCUUCGGUCGAUGGUCAACAUAUCGUCAACAUAUCGUCAACCCUUAAACCACCUAAGUUAAGCUAUUACCAAUUUGACCUCACGUGUAUUCUUACCCGAAUAUCCUCCCCCGUAUAGCGUCUCGAUCUUACCUGUCGCUUCAAGUUGUAUCUAGCCGUAUCGUUCCGAAGAGAUUCCUACUGCCUGGCACAAUGUCGGGUUCUGGUUCUGGUUGGAAUCCAUUUGGGCCCAACCAACCACCCCAAGAUCAUGAUCCAUUUCAUGAUCCAUUUCCAGCCCCCUUUCCAGCUCCCUAUCAAUAUGCGUUUCCAGCUUUCGUCCCAUAUCAUCCCAAUGAUUCAAGUUCACAUGGACUCCCAUAUGCACCUCAGUUUCCACCAGCUCAGUUUCCACCUCCAAACUUUAUACCUCCGAUACAUCGACCAUAUCCGUCUCAAAGUCAAACUAUACCUCCAACUUUCCCUCAGACAAGACCUCAUUUCUAUCAUUUGGACGUACUUCACCCUGAAGCCAUACGAGCUGACCCCACGAGACCUAUAACGCCCUUGGCAAGAAAGUACGGCAUCUCAUCGGUUCCCUUUCACCGUCUAAAUAGAUCUGACGGCCUAGCCCACUCCGGUUUAAAUUCAGAGUUUCCUAGCACACUAACCCCGGAAAAGACCGAUCGGAUACCAAAACCAGAUCUUGAGGAAUUGGACAGACUUUUCAGGACAGAGAGGGAACAAUUCCAAUUGUUCAAUCCCUGCGUCAAGAGCUGGAGAAUAGAAGCCCUUAAUGAUGGACUCAUUGGCGGAUGGCCAUCCGCAGAGGACCGCUCGAAGAGCAACUGGGAUCAAUGGGAAACUUUUAAGACUAACCUGUGCGUUGUGGACGAGAGUCGGUGGCUUUCGUGUUUUCGGAAGGACCGCUGGUUUGAUUCAAGACACAAUGCUUUAAAUACAUUAAGGGAACCUAUUCCAGGCGUCAAUAUGUGGCCUAAUGAAACGUGGUACACUGUUGACAACCCUAUCAUUUGGCAAUAUACCAGUUACGCUAUAGAAAUCUUCAGCCGUGUUCUGCGGCUAUUAUGCGAAGAACAGAAUGAAUGGCUCGAUGCUCUAUUAUUCGUAAGGCCAAUACCUAUAGGAUCUAAUCCUAAUUACGAUUUCCCCGACCAGUAUAGGCCUUUCAAAACGAAAUUAAUUCCUCGUCCAAGGGAACAGAGGGCGUCCGGUGCUCAAAUCUUCCAAGCAAUCGAAAAUCUGACAAGGGGCCAUAUUGUCAAUACCUUCUGCGACGAGACAACUCUAGCCCAGGCAGCCCAGGCUGUCACAACAAGAUUCAACAGCUCGCUAUUGGGAAGAGCAACUAUUAUGUUCAACGUCCGUUAUGCCUUACGUCCCCUGCUUGAAAUGGAGACAUCGGUCCCCGAAAGAUGCAUGCAAAUGCUCAAUUUUUCUAGUCUUAUGCUACACGAGUUUGCGCACGCGAUGUGGAUGUGUCAAUUUGACACGCCACUUCUUGUUGAUGAUGAACCGUUCUUUGGAGACGAAUGGAUCGCAGAGUUGGGCCACUCGUUCACCAGACACAUUUGGGGCGGCACGGUACAACCUACCCCGACCCGGCAAUUUAUACGCGGGAGACAUAGGGGCUUCAUAAGCUGCCACCAACUUGAACUCUUCCCUAGUCUUGAUUUUGCUGCACGAGAAAGGGAUUAUGAAAAAAAUACUUUCGAAAGUCACAAGAGAGGCGAUCAGUAUUCUUAUCAUUUCUUGAUACCCGCCGUAUGGGCCUCAGCUAUCAUAUGUGAAGAAUUCUGGACCAAGAUUAUACCUCGGCGCGGUAGUGUUGCGCUUCGGCCGCCUCUACUUUUCGGAAUGGGAACUUUCGAUGCCAGACUACACGAGUCCCGUAGAAUACGAAACCCGGAAUUCUGGACUCCCGAGCUAAGAGGAUAUUACGAGUCGGCUAUGACGCGAUGGGUAGACGCAGGAGCGCGUAUGAGACUCGCAAGACAUGACUGGUACGAAGAAGAGUAUAAAAAAUGGAAAAGUUUACCCUGGAGGGAUCCGUGGUUCAUCGGCAUAAUUGAACAGUUCACUUACCACCACGCGAACCGGAAUUUGGCUACUUGUCGAGAGUUAGCACUAAAAAUCAUAAACGUCAUGAGCCCGCCGAAUGGAGGCCAGCCAACCAUUGCUACGGGCGUCAAUUAUAUAAUAGGUUUAGUGAUGUUAUUAUCUCUUCCUAGAGAACCUGCGGGUGAUCUAUUAAGGCCAGUGAUGCCGAGGGAAGCCUUUUACUACCCAAGUCGUGCAGCGGAACCUUGGUUCAAUGCUCGAAGUACUAGACCUUUUAUGGGACCUCAUGAUGUCUUGACUGGUGUCUCACCAGAUGUUAUUCAAGCACAUCAAGAAUUUACAAGUUUCCCCGGUCACAUAAAGUAUAUUAAACGUAUUCUUGCGUACGUUGAGUUCGAAAUAGGCGCCCCACUAGGAUGGAUAGUAAGUAUUAUCGACAAUUUCACUCAACUGCACGUGCAACGCGACGCGAACCCCAGGCCUGAUAGCUGGGGAGGCUUCUCUUUCAAGGUACCUCCGUACGACCCGGGGUGGGUUAAAGCAAGAGCAAGUAACCAAUCAUUCUCCAGGCCGGCACAGCUUCGAUAUAGGGCUAUUGUGCCUUGGAAUCUCGCAGCCCUUCCUCCACCACUAUAUUCCCCGCCAAAUAGUCCAUAUUUAUUACCGUCAGAAUGGGGAGGAGCGAAUUUCAGGCGCUUCCCUGGACACACGGCCCAGAAUACACCUGUGAGGAGGGAAUAUCCUCAACACUUUUAUAUCGGUGAUGUAGCAAAUCAUAGGGCUCUCGAUGAUGCCUGGGUGGUUGAAUCAGACGGAGACGAUGGGUUUGAUGUAUUCGAUAUCACGGGUGAAUUGAGAAGUUUGGGUGCUACGGAAACCGAUUAUGGCGCCAUGAUAGUGAUUGGACCUCAGGGUCCGGAAUUGAAUCAAGAUGCAAGAUCAGAUGUAGUUCGUGCAAAAUUCAACACCAGUAUCCAACCAAUUGGCAAGUUGAUGCUACGAAGGCGUAUAGAGGAGGUCGCAGAGUGCGAUGGUCAGAAUGGGCGACGUACUUGGACCAGCUGGGGCCCGCUCAUCUUCGACAUAACCAACUUCCCCGCCCGGUCUAUCGAAGAACAAGAGGCGUUAACCGAGAGUUCUGGUGGCCCCUUGUCCAAAGAUCUGACAAGAUCGGAACAUGAGACAAACCAACUACUGGAGCGUCUAACCCCCUAUACCUGCGCGUAUCUCCACGUAGAACAGCCAGUACGGAAUAUGAGGUAUUUUACACCAGAAAUGCUACGGUGGUAUGAUAAUCCCUCUCAUGGGGUCUAUAUUGCACUAGAAAAUGCGGUCUACGAUAUUUCGGACUAUCUACGUUUUCACCCCGGAGGUUCCCAAUUGCUCAUCCACUGCACGGGACUCGACGCUACUCACCAGUUCCUGCAGUACCAUAAAACUGAUAUGAUGAAUUCUUACCAAUUUAUGCAAGUCGGCUACCUCGUUCCAGAGUGUACUUGGAAACAGUUGCAAGAUAAUCAUGUCGUGGUCCAUGAUUGGGUGUUUAACAUAAGCUCCCUCCAACAAGAGGACUCAAAUCUCUUCAAUUCGCUCCAUAAAUUUAUCCGCCAAGAUACUACGGUCGCCGUAACCGGUCACGAUAGCGACGCGGCGGCAUUAAUUAAGUUAUUUAUCGAUAAACAACAUCUCAUUGUUGCAGGUUUAGCGACGAAGGAACUAUUGGAUAUACCAGUGUGGGAGUUCCUUAAACACAACAACUAUGAGGGCGUGCAGGGCGCGUGGGUUGCUGUUGAAGGCUACAUCUACAACGUUGAGGAUCUCAUGAAGUAUCCUGACUACUACGAUCAUAAACUAGGAUUUAACUGGGCUGGAAAAGAGUUGAGUAAUCCUGAUUUAGCCCAAUGGCUGACGACAAACUACCGAUCUCGGUGUAUAGGUAGGCUCGUCGAGGGACCUAUCUUGCCAGAACCAGAGAUGGAACCGAAUUUGACCUUGGAAGAUUCAAUUCUCCCUAGAGGAACCGAAGAUCUGAUUAUAGAAAGAAGAGCGGGUGUAUAUGAGUAAAAGGGUCUAGGAAUUUAAAGAUAUAAUUCAAUUUACACACAUAGCAAAUUAGCUUUAUAUUGAAAUAAUUAUUAGAG